CACUGGGCCGUGGGGGGAGCCGAGCUAGGGGGAGCCGAGCUAGGAGGAUGCCGGCGUGGAGAGACCAAGUGAACGCGCGGCUGGAGGUAGGAGCCCGCGGGCAAGCGGGCGGGAGAGACACCAUUCCCAGGCGCGGAAUCCAAGUGACCAUUCGAAGUGGAGCCAUUCUGGAGUGAGCUCAGAAAUCAGAUUGACUCUGCAGGCCUGAGAUGCCUUUUUUAAACAAGUACCUCCAAGUGAUUAUAAUGUGGGUGAUUUUUAGAUGAUACAGUGAGAAACCCAGGGUUGGAAUCCCUUCUGCCACAUGUCCACGCCAUUAGAACGUUUGCCAUAAAUCUGGGAAGAUGUGGCUUAGGAUCAAGAAAUGUAACAAGUUGGAGAGGGCUUACGAUUUCCCCCCGCGAAAUCAAUAAAUGUUAUGUGUGUAUAAUAUGUGAGUGUGUGUAUGUGUAUAGAGAGAGAGGAAGAGAGAGAGAAAGAGGAAAGCUGCACUUACACUGAAUGCAUUGAGAUAGACACUAAAAUGUACCAUUGCUGGUCUCAACUCUUCCCAGCUUGAGUUUUGAGGUAGUUGCUUUGCUGACUUUUUUGGAUUUGUAGUGGAAUGACAACUGUAAACGACCACAGAACAUGACCUGUAGGCAGAAUAGUGACCCCGUGAAGCCUCUGAGUGUGCCUUUACUGCACCUGCACAGCGCUUGUCAUAGUCUCCCCAGGCUUAGUUUGUGUAUCACUUUUGUUACCACCCCUUUUAGACUGUGAGUGAGUGUCUCCUGCAGUUGGUAAAGUGGUUUUUUUUUUUUUUUUUGGUUUGGUUUGGUUUUUCAGAAUCAACCAAACCACACAGUAUCAUGGCUACACACUGUAGGCACUCAAUAAAUACUUGAAUUGAAUGCUAAGAGAUUGUUUAAUCAAAAACUUAAAUAGGGCCUAGUUCCUUUACCAUCAUUUUUCUCUUUAUUGAUGUCUUGGUCUCCUUUUCAGAAAGUGCAUGUGCAGUAAUGUUAAUUGGUCCUUAGCCUUUUCAUCUCUGGCCUGGGUCUCCCUGCCCCUGAACCUGACUAGGGUGUCAGGGAGUUCUGCUAAGUUUCCAUCCUCAUGAGUUUGGGAGAGGGUGUUCAUAAUCCUAGAAAUCCUAAAAUGAGACUGAAGCCUGAUGGAUCCCAAAACCUGAGAGGCAACGGGAUUCCUUGGAAGGUGCUUUCUAUUAACCGGAAUGACAGCAGAUCUUGAUUAAAAAGAGAAAAACUGGGGAAAAAAAUCGUCUUUUUUUCUGUUUUGUUGUCUUUUCAUGAAAAUUCAUUCAGGGAUUCCACGAAAGAUUCCAAAGAGAAGCUAUGACUGCGUGGAGGAUGAAUUGGACCAUUAUGACCUGAGUGGCAAGAGGAAGGCCUUCCUGAUGUGUGAAAUGAGGAACAGGCCAGGUGCUGAGCAGGACGUCCUACUGAUGGAGGACUGGCUUGGCCAGUGCCAGUUCGAACAUACAUUGUGCAUCAAUCCCGACAAAAUGGAAUUACUUGAAAAAAUAACCUCAUUCCGUGAUGGGCUAAAUGAAAUUAAAGAUGACAUUGGCUGUUGCCUUGUUACUCUUAUGUCCCACGGAGAAGAAGGCUUUAUUAGAAUGAAAGAUGGUGGAAAAGUCAGCUUGGAAGGCAUUUUUGAAAUGUUUAACAAUAAAAAUUGUCCAGCACUUCAAGAGAAACCAAAAAUCUUUAUAAUCCAGGCCUGCAGAGGAGAGAGAAGAGACAAUGGUGUUGAAACGGAUGAUGAACCCAUGGACUCUGACAACGGAUCAGAGAAGAGGCGGCUGCCUACCUUCAGUGAUUAUUUCAUCAUCUAUCCCACCCAGGCAGAUCAUGUUGCUUUACGUGACCCCCACACCGGCUCUGUGAUGAUCAGAACAAUGACUGAUGUCUUUAAACAGUAUGGAAAUAAGUGGCACAUCGCUGACUUCUUCACCAAGGUGAACAACAGAGUGGUUCACCAGGAAUUUAAUCUACGUCGCGAACCAGUAAAAGUGUCACUUGUAAUGGAAUCAACUUUAACUAAAUUUGUAUACUUUUGACAUCAAAAAGAAUUUAAACAUAAGGCCUGCUUUACAAUAGACUCUGUAAAGAGCCAUGAGCAUUUGUAGCAUUGUACUAAUGGUUACCAUUUGGCAUUAUUCUUGUCACUAGUAUCUCUCCAAUUUGUUUUGUAUAUGUAUAUAUUAUUUUUCUAAGAUUUCACUGCUUCUUUGAUACUUGUAAAUAAUUUGACUUUUUUUUUUAAAUCACUGUUUUCUGAAAAAAGGACUUUUUCCUGAACCGUUAUUCAAACAGGGACGUGCAGGUCCAUUUGUGUACUGUUUUUAUCACGUGUUUCUCUUGCUGAUGACACCCCGUCCUCUCCAUACUCAGUUUGGUGCUGGGGUUAAGCCUCGUUUUCCUGGCUUAGUCAAGAAUUGCCUUUGGUCUUGUCCUCUGUUUCACCUUCUUUCCCCAGAUUGCUGUCUGCUGCUGGUCUGAUCUCCUCUGACUCUGUAAACAAUUCUCAGGUCUUACCUGGAGGCCUCUGUGCCCUGGAUGCCUUCAUGUUGUUACCUUCUGCCCAUUUCUGAGCUGCCUCCUUGCUGCUUCAUACCUUCCAACUGCUGUUUUCUCUUCUGGAACCCCUUGUUCUGCCCCACCUAGGUAAGUCCUUUCUGUCCUUCAGAGUUUGGGUCAAGCAUCACUUGUACAGGGAAGCUUUCCAUAACCCCUCAUGCUAGGGCGGCCCUUUUUGAGUGCCCCGAGACCCUCUGCUCCCCUUCUGUGCACUGGAAGGACUGUAGUGGCUGUUAAAUUUCUCUCUCCAGUUCAGUCCAUGUGUCUCAAUCAUUGCUGUAUCCUAGCUUCCAUCCAUGCCUUUGGGCACAGAGAAGCCAUGCGAUGAAUGUUUGGUGAAUGACUGGUCCCUGCCUUUUCAUCAUCUUCUCCAUCCUCAGACUUGGCCUCAUCACUUCUGCCACCUGCUACUCAUCCACACAUACUCAUGGCCGGUUGAACUCAACAAGCUGAAAAUUAACUUAAGUUUCCCCUAAAUCUCUUCAUAAAACCCAUCCCAUUGUUAAUAAUCCUUUCACUCCCCACUGUCUGCAGGGAAGUCCCCUAGGAGAAUAGUCCUAGUCUUUCUCGGCCAGGCUUAGUCUACACUGCCAGCGUACUGCCUAUUUGUCCUAGGCCUUGGCCACACCAGAUAAUUCGCCCUUCCCUUACUAAUCAUCUCUCGCAGAAUUGGGCUUGUGGAUUAAUGAAUGUGAAUGAACACUCUUGGAUAUGUUACCAUAUCAUAGUUCCCACCCCUUUCUCCUGAAAGGCCCUUCAUUCUCCCUGAAUGCUUUCUCUAUAUCGUGCAUUCUUCAGGGUGUAACCUGGGUCCCAUCCCACUGUAAAGAAAACCUGUAUGUAAACUGGUAUUUUUAGACUAACAGACUGUGGACUGAGUAUGAAUUUUAACUGUAACUGUGUUCUAACUUUUGGUGUAACUCUGGGCUGUGUUUGGACCUCGGUUUCCUCAUUUGUAUAAAAGGAAAUUUGGCUUAGCAACUCUGAGAACUCAUCCCACUGGACUUCAGUGACCUUUGACUUCUUAGGGAACUCGCUCCUGAACAGCUGCAGAUGUGGCUGUUCCUGGACCUGGGGGUUCAAGAUGGCAGUUACAUAAGACUGUUGGGCCUGCAUGAGGAUGCAGGUGUUUGGUGGGAUUGCUCUGAAGAUUGAAAGCUAAACUGACUGAAGCAAUCUGGAUUCUCCAGGCCUGUCUUCAUUUCAGGGAUUAAUUGUGUUCUUUUUAGUUAAUAUGAUUUAUUAAGUAUAAAUACAUGUGAUUUAAUUUUUAAGCUUUUGAGUUCUGAUAUUUGAUCUGCAGCUUUGGUUUUGUCUAGAGCAUUAAAAUGUCUGUGGUUCAGAAAACAUGAACAUCAGGUCAGGCUUCUCUUUUCACUUGGAUCCUAGAGGAUUUCCAGACACAGAGGCUCGUUUCAGGGGGAACAGCAAAAGGUACAACAGCAACAGUUUUCAUUUCCUGGGAGAGGUUACGUGACUUGUUCAGUCACAGCUGGCAUGUGGUGAAGCUGAAAUUCCAAUUCAUGAACUAAUAACACAAGACACAAAGUGCCAAGUGACAGAGAGAAGUUUUAAGACAAAAUGCUUUUGAUGGAUGGAAGGAACCACUUGCCUGGUGGAAUGAGGGCUUCGGGACAAAGGAGGGGAAAGUGAUUUCGGAACCCUGCUCAGGCCACUACAGGUAAGGGUGGUGGAGAGAACUGUAGGACAACUGGGUACCAGACAAAUAGAUGAAGAGGAGCAAGGAGGAAUUCUGGUUAGAAAGACCCAAAAUGAACUUGAUGACUGGAGCCAGCCAGGUGCCCCCACAUUCUCUCAGCUUCAAAUCAGAACAGAGACUCUCCUGGUCAUCCAGUGCCAUGUGAAGUAGAGACCCCCAAAACUAGUCCCUAGCACAAUUUUAUAUUUGGAAAAAAAAAAACUGUUUAAACCCAUUUUUUUUAAAUACAGAUUCCAGAAACCAAAGUUUGCAAAAGAAAGGCCCCAAGAUUUUUAUUUAAAAUGUGCAUGAAUAAAAAAUAGUUGAGAAACUUGUGCAGAGGACCAGGAGGCUGAGAGGUGGGGAGGUGGGCUCCUGGCUGGAGAGCCGCAGCCAUUCUCUGACAAGCGCCUCCGAGGCCAAGGGCUCCUCACCGUGGUUUAGUUAACACUAUAGUAUGUUUUCAUCUUUGGAUGUUUCUCAACUCAUUUCCUUGCCACAAGUUUUCAUCAUACAGAUCAGUUUUCAAGGACAGAGUUGUUUUGUGGGGGAAAAUACUAUUUUGCAGAGAAACAAAACCUAAACAGUACAACUUUCUAGUUCUUAUACUGCAAGUAUUCUUGAGAUUCUAUGGUGCACAGGGGAGGGGGCUGCUGCUGAAAUAGUUUGGAAGUGUCCCAGAGGGCCUUCCAGAGAUGUCCUACAGUGACUGAAAACUGCCCCUAAAAGCCAGCCAUAUAGCUAUUUUGUCUUCCUUUUUUUUUUUUUUAGAGUCAAAAUGUCUACAGAUAUUUCAUCAGUUUCUAAGGACGCUUAAAGCCAUGACCAAGUUUACUCCUUUCUUUGUAUGUCAGCUCUUUACUUAAAUGCAGUGGGGUUUGCUUUGUUUCAAUUUAAAAACCUCUGUUCCACACAAUUUCAAAAAAUA